AUGACUUCAGCCGUUGGUUAUAGGUUUUCGCCAAAUCGACCUUGUGGCGAACCAGCCCUUAUUGAAAAAUAUCUUUCCAUUGUUGAAAGACAAGUUCUUGAUAAUGACGAAGAGGGUAUUCGUGAAAAAGAAAAUGCUAUUUCCGAACUCGGUAACAUUUACUCAAACAAAAAAAUGGCAAAAGAAUUGGCAGAUUUAAUCCUGUUAACACGUCCGUUCUUGGCCCAGAUCAGCAAAGCAAAAGCUGGUCGCUUAGUGCGUUCUCUUGUUGAUCUAUUCUUGGAUUUAGAGGCUGGGACAGGCCGUGAAAUAGAUCUUAUCAAGGAAUGUAUCGAAUGGGCAAGUACCGAAAGGCGGACUUUCCUGAGGCAAGCAUUGGAAGCCAGGCUUAUGGGUUUGUACGCUGAUAAUGAAAGAUAUGAGGAGUCACUAAGGCUCGGAAGCACUCUUCUUAAGGAUUUAAAGAAACUUGAUGACAAAAUCCUUUUGGUUGAGGUUCAGCUAAUGGAAAGUCAAGUCUACUACCGCGUUGGAAACCUACAGAAAUCUCGGGCUGCCCUCACCUCUUCUCGUACAACAGCGAAUAGCAUCUACUGCCCACCACGUCUCCAGGCCGCUCUUGAUUUGCUCUCAGGUAUUCUUCAUGCUGCCGAUGAACGCGAUUUCAAAACUGCUUACUCGUAUUUCUAUGAAGCUUUCGAAAGCUAUGAUUCCAUCAGUUCAAAUAAAGCUGUCGAUGCUUUGAAGUACAUGUGCUUGGCUAAAAUCAUGGUCAACAGCCCAGAGGAAGUACCGGUAAUCCUAUCCUCGAAAUUAGCGUCAGGUUAUUCUCAAAAAUCAAUCGAUGCUAUCCGCGAAGUUGCGAAAGCUGCCAAAGACAGAUCAUUAGGAGAUUUUUUGUGUUUGAGAGAAAAGUAUAAGGCUGAGUUGCUAGGGGAUCCAGUAAUCGCCCAACAUCUCAAUACCUUUUAUGAUACCCUAUUGGGUCAAAAUUUGACCAAAUUGAUCGAACCUUACUCUCGUGUACAAAUCGCACAUAUUGCUAAACUUAUCAACCUACCUUUGGAAAACGUUGAAAAGAAACUCUCCCAGAUGAUUCUCGAUAAGCAGCUUAACGGCAUUUUGGAUCAGGGAACGGGAAUGCUAGUUCUUCGUGAAGAGCCUUAUGAUGGUCGCGAUUACAAGGUCGCCAUGGACAUUGUACAUAGUCUCAGCAGCAGUCUGGAUCUUCUUUUCCAAAAGGCCAAGAAACUCGCAUAA